AUGGAUGACAUCGGCGCCCUUGCCACCUCUUGUGCAAGAUGCUUCGAUACUCUGACACAAUCACUGCACACGUCUUCCGAUGAGUUGAAAACGCAGAUGAUACCAAUAGCAAUUGGAAAUGAAUAUGCCCGUUUCAAAAUUUGGGCCGGCAAUCUAGGCGCUUUACAGAGGGGCCGAAGUUCUCUUGAUGCCAGGUUACGAGACUCGGUGGUGCUACGAGCAGCCGUCCUCAAAUUUCUGACACAGUUGCAAGACUCCUUGAGUAAGAGUGCCGAAAUCACAACAGGUCUUCGCCUGCCGUACGAACAGUGUGGCGAUGUCGCAUAUGGUUCUAACGAAGAAUUUGAGGACGACAGUGACAUCAGUGAUACUGAUAGUGACUCUAACAUCGGGGAACUGGCUGAGAGACUGGAUGAAAUCAAAGAUGUCAUGGAGCAUUUGUACAGACUCUCCUUUAAGAUACGAAACACGAGAUAUCGAUCUCUCGCCAAGAAAGCUCUUCUCAUGAAAGAGGAAGAUCCAGAAACAGGGAAAGACUUGUUCUCGGCAUAUGCCAUCUUCGAUCGUCGGCAUGUACAAGAGUCACUCGAUAAUCUGCGCCCACGUCUAACACUACCGGAAUUCGCUGCUGAACCUGCACGAGACCUGAAUAAUGGUGUUUUGGAUCUGCUAGACGCCGGUGAUGACCAGCUAGAUGGCGACAAUUUCCUGCGGGAUCGCUUAGCAAAAGCAAUCACCAACCGGAGAAGGUAUUUUGCAUAUUGGCGAAGACAUGGUCUCAAGAUAUCACACGUUAGGGAUGAGCCAACCCCCAAGCAGACUCUCAUGAGGCAUGCGGAGCCUGUUUCCAAUCCUGAAACCACACUCCCUAAUCCAGGCAACUUAAUACCGACUCCAGGGCCGAAAACAUUACAGUCAGGAACCGAUUUCUCCAUGUAUAAUCGUGAUCUAGACCACCAGCUGGAUGCAGACACUGUGGUUUCUUACGCCACUACGGCCCACGACGUUGAUGGGAACUCCCCGGAACUACCUCCACCUCCUCUCGAUGCAGCCAGCAAGUCAGAAUUUGUUUGUCCGUAUUGCUGGGUGGCUUGUCCGUCAAAACAAGGAAAAGGAAAGUCAUGGAACGAGCAUAUCCGCCAAGAUCUCCAACCUUACGUCUGUACCUACGAGAAAUGCCCAGAUGAAGGCCGCAUGUACGCUAGUCGGCAUGCGUGGCUUGAACAUGAGCGACUAGUCCACCGCCGUAUAUGGAGAUGCUUCGAACACAGGUCCUUCAUCUCGAAUUCAAAGGACAGCUUGGAGCAGCAUUUCGUGGAUUGCCACAAAGGUCUGGAUAGGCAGCAAAUCGAAAAUCUCCUAGAUCUUGCCGAGACGACGGUAGCCGAUGACAGGCAAACCUGCCCAUUUUGCUACUCGGUUGGACCUUUCGAUAAGGGCUUCUACAACCACAUGGCUUUCCAUCAGGAACAGCUCGCAACGUUUGCAGUUCCACGAAACUGA